AUGUCGCUCUGGCCGCGGGUGUUGCUGUUCUUAUUUUGUUUUCAAUAUUCAGUCGGUCAGUGGUAUGACGAGGAUUCGCUUUGUGACAGAGUGGACAUGUCGGAAGAAGACAGGCCUUGUGAAUGUAUCGAAAACGAACGGGACUAUUUUUAUGGGCACUUCUACUGCAGAAAUCGUAACCUGACUCGCUUGACCAUUUCCGAAUUGCCAAAAAAUCGCUGCCGAGGCACACACGCAGCAUCGUUGCAAGGUAAUUGGUUCUCCGACUACCCCCUGUUGGUCAGGGAUCCAAGAUUUGUGAGAAUCAAUUUAGUGGACAACAAUCUCAUAUCGCUGCCGAAACCAUUCCAAGUAAGUAAGAGGUUAAAAUAUUUGAAUCUGUCUGGAAAUAAAAUAUCGAAUACAAGGGACGAGUUGAGAACAAUGACGCAGUUAAAAAUUCUUCAUGUCAGUUGGAACAGAUUGACGACUAUCGGAUUCUUGCCAAAUCCUUGCUAUCUUCAGAUUCUUGACGUGUCUGGCAAUGCUCUUAGAUCGAUCGAGACUUCAUCCCUGAAACCAUGCACACUUCUGGAAUACCUUCAGUUAUCGAAUAACUUAAUAUCGUAUAUUCAUAAAGACGCGUUUGACCCAUUCAAAAAACUCGUCUGUCUAUUCCUGAGCAGCAAUCCUCUCACAACUUUGGCCGACAAUUUAUUCUUGGGACUGAAACGCCUACAUGUUCUCCAUCUGAAUGACGCAAACCUAACAAAUAUAUCUAAUUACACAUUCAACGGACUAGUGGGUCUCGAUGAACUGAAUUUAUCCAACAACAACCUAAUCACGUUACCAGAGACCAUCUUCAGCAAGACUGGCAACAUCACGCACAUCAAACUCAACGACAACCAGCUGACCUACCUGCCCGCACGCAUCUUCUCAAGAAUGCGGCGUCUGCAUAGCGUGGAUCUGGUGAGGAACAACUUCACUUACGUGCCGGCAACCAUGUUCCUUCAGCACCCCAGCACCACGCUGUCGGCCUACAUGGAAGAGAACCCCAUCCAAGCCCAGAACCUCCGCUGGGUGCUGCGCGCUUCCAUCGUGCGCACGGAGAUCAACCCGUACGCGUGCAGCUGUGGCGCUCUCCGCCUCGGGGUGGCUCGUAUCGAUUUCUGCGUUGACUUGCAAUGCGGCGAAGGCGAGCCCUACUUGCACUGGCUGGACGCUGUGAUAAAAAUCGAUGAAUCGUCGAUCGCCGUAGAAGCCAGCCCGGUGGCUUCCUCUGACUCGGUUGUGAACAAAGACAUGGACUGGGUACCCGCCCUCUCACCCAGGCGGGAAUUUUCUGGUUACUGA